GAUGCAACCUUGAAAAUGCAACAACAACAAAAAAACCAACAACCUAACAGUGAGUUCGGAAUACAGAGUCUUUGAGAGCAGGGACAGUGUGGUGGGUUCCAACUGCAGCAAUGCCUUUACCAAGGCGUAGAUCUUCUAUCUUGGGCCAACAGCCCUCCUUGUCCACUGCAGAGUGUUCUGGGAUUAAUAACCGUAGGGUAAGUUUUGGCAGUGCCAGUAACUUGCCCAGGCCACCUGGGGUGUAUGUAGGUAGUGUGCCAACUGGGGGUGUCAGCAGCCUUGGUACCAGAGUGUCCAGACGGGCUUUGGGAAUAAGCAGUGUCUUCAUGCAAGGACUACGAAUCUGCGGCCAACCUGUUCCUGUAUCCCAAGGUUUAGAGAGGGGAAGACUUCAAACUUUUGAGUCUUUGAAUGGGUGUCUUACGGAGUACAUAGAGAAAGUGAGAGCAUUAGAACAAGUCAAUCGAGAGCUGGAGGAACAUAUCCGAGUGUAUUUGGACAAGAAGUCUUCAACUGUGAGCACCUGGGGAUCACUCAGGGACAACUGGGAAAAUAUCUACCAUCAAGUAGGAGAUGCUGUUUUGGAGAAUGCCCGUCUUAUGCUACAAACAGAGAAUAUUCAGGCAUGUGCAGAAGACUUCAAAGAAAGAUAUGAGAAUGAACAACCUUUUAAAAAAGCAGUUGAGGAAGAGAUACGUUCCUUGUACAAGGUGAUUGAUGAUGCAAACUUGACAAAAAUGGAUCUGGAAAGUCAGAUAGAAAGCAUGAAGGAAGAGCUCGCUUUACUGUCAAAGAACCAUGAAGAGGAUGUGAAGAUGUUGUACAGGCAGCUGGCUGGAUCUCAGCUGGAAGAAGUGGAUGCUCCUAUUGGCACUGGGCUUGAUGACAUCUUGGAAACCAUCAGAAUUCAUUGGGAAAAAGAUAUUGAGAAGAACAGGGCUGAAUCAGGUGCCCUCUUUCAAGCUAAUCAGUCAUCAGUGCUACCAGCUUUGCAAAGUCAAGAAGAAGAGGUCGUGAAGUGCCUGAGAGAGGAAUUCCAUGACACUGCAUGCAAAAUACAGAGCCUUCAAGCAGAAACGGAGUCCCUGAGGACUUUGAAGAGAGGAUUGGAAAACUCUCUUUAUGAUGCAAAGCACUGGCAUGAUGUUGAACUUCAAAACCUUGGCUCUGUGAUCACAAAGCUGGAAGCAGAGUUGCAAGAAAUCAAAAGUGAAACGGAACAGCAUCAAAAGGACAGAGAACACUUGCUGGCCAACAAACUCCAGCUUGAGAAGGAAAUAGCGGCAUACCACUCUAUCCUGGAUGGAGAGGAAAACAGAUGAUCUUUUCAGAAGAAGUCAACAGCAAAUCUACUGAUUUUCAAAUAUAAGAAGAAUUACAUCAAAUAUUCCUUGGGAUGAUUCAGUGCUACAUUUGGUUGUAUCAAAGCAGGACUGAUAUUAUUUUGUUGGCGUGCAACUCGGUUAAAUUAGUAUGUAGAUUUAACUUUUAUUUAAUUCUUUGUCAAGCAAGAAAUGAAUUUGGCAUGCUACAUUUUUCAUAUUCUCUUGCUGUUAAAA